AUGGCAUUGCUGGAUGAGAGGAAGAAAUGUGAUGUUCUUUUACGGGAGAUGCUGCCCAGCGAGAUCGGAGGCUUUGCAAAGGUUCUACAUACGGCCGAUCCGAAAACUGUGAUGUUAUUCCUAAACAAUGUGUACACUUCGUUUGAUCGCAUUCUGGCAUCCUUUGACGUCUACAAAGUGGAAACAAUCAAGGAUUCUUAUAUGGUGGUCAGUGGAAUACCCAUACGCAAUGGAGACCUCCACGCGCAAGAAAUAUGUGCACUGGCAAUCGCGUUAUUGAAAGCGUACGAGGGUCUAGAAACGGUCUUCGAAGAUACAUCACUGCGUGCCGGUGUUCAUAGUGGCAUGUGUGCCGCCGGUGUGGUUGGACAGAAAGUGCCUCGCUAUUGCCUAUUCGGAGACACCGUGAACACGGCAUCGAGAAUUUUGACCAAUGGCGCAGAUGGCAAGAUCCAUCUCAGCCAGAACGCGGCUCGGCUUCUGUCUGGCAGUUCGCGAUAUAAAGUCCAAGAACGUGGAUUAAUCGAAGUUAAAGGAAAAGGUCAACUACAAACGUUCUGGCUUGUCGUUUCGCCGGCAUAGUAAACAAAUGCACUUGAUCCGAUAGUGUUUAUUUUAUUGCUGGCCAGUAGAAUAUACGUGUAUUUGCUUUUAUUCGUGCGUAACGGCACCCACUUUCCCACAAUAAUUCCCGUACUGGUCAUACUCGUACUUGGUUGAUCAUUGUCAUA